AUGUCUGACUCCAACCCUCCUGCGCCGCCUCCUGUGCCUUCUACUUCUGCUGUGACCUUUGACCCCAAAUCUGAGGCAGUGAUCUUGCCAGGUGGUGUGGUCUCAGUGGCAGGCAUCACCGUGGUGACCGGUGGUGCUGAGCUGUCCUGGGGGUCAUGCCUGCUGGCCUUCGGGGUGUGGGGGACUCUGAUUGGCCUGAGUGUGGUCCCGCUGGGGCUAUGGGACCUAACGGUGAAUGGUGGGACCUCACAUCUCCUCCAUACUGGGUCGGUGGUGCUGGUUCUGGGUUCAGGGGUGGUGAUCUCGGUCAUGCUGUGCCGCUUCCUGAGAAGAAAGGGAAUUCUUUGUGAAAGAGAGGAUGAUGAUGGUAAAGUGGUGUUGGUGGGUGAGAGGGGUCAAGGCUGUGUGAAGACAGUGACGGUGUGA